AGGCGUCACCACAUUAAAGUUGAGCGGAUGAGUAUCACACACGCCGAUGAGGAAAGCACGAGUUUUUAGUUCCGAACAGUCAUAAUAUCCUAAAUUGUGCCACGUUCUUUUUUUAGUUUUAGUCCAUAAAAUACAUUACUGGAAUGUAUCGUGAAUCUUGAGCAGGCAAUGCCAAACGAAGCUUUGGGUCAGAAUUGUUAUGUUUUUAAACGAGACGCGCAUUUUGGUUGAUCUUAUAUUUAAGUAUUCCAAUCAUUGAGAAAACAACCGUGCUGAAGCAGAAACCGUUCAUUUGCAUUGUGAAGACAGGCACUCUUCUUUGAAGCGCCACAGGACAUCAUUUGCAUGAAACUGAAGCCAGAUCAAAACGUUGACUCCUCCAACUGUACUCGAUUCAAAGAGAAAGUGGGAAAUCCAACUAGGAAAAGGACUGAAGACCACGACACCUGUGCCACAUCUACCACUAACCCCCCCUUGACCCCUUCAAAACCCACCCUCCUAUCCACUAUGUCUCUCAAUACCUUCCACCUGAUGGAGACCCUCAAGAAAUCCCCGGCGGCUUUACGCCGCCGUUUCCGCCGCGACCGCACAGAGUCCCUCUCCCACGGCGAUCCGCUAUUCAAGGUCCACUACCUGGGCACUGAGAAAAUCUUCUCCCUGGAUCGAGAGCAGGCCCAGGAUGCCAUAGCCCGUCUGCUCGAUGGGGCCGCAAAUGGAAAGAAGCUGAGCAAAGACCACGCCUUGGUUGUUCGUCCACGCUAUGUCGAAGUCAAAGAGCUCAGCACAGGACGCCAGCUCACUAAGACUUACCUCCAGGACAUCGCCUACUGCGCGGCCGACGCCACCAGACCCAACGUGUUUCUGUACAUCUGUAAGCAGCGUGGGCAACAGCUGCAGUGCCGGGUGUUCUGGUGCAGCCGGGCAGAGCGGGCACGGGACAUGACUGCCUGUCUGGCGCACUCCUUCCAGAGGGCACUGAGUGACUGGCAGGGGGAUGGCGGAAGUACCGGCACACUGACCCCAGAAAAGGUUGGGGUGAAGGAGGGAGAGGAUAUGCCCACCACCCCUAAUAGCUCCAAAAACUCCAUGCUAACAGCUAGCUUAAGACGAGUCCGUUGGAAGAAGAGGAGGUCCCUGUCUCGCAGUCCACUGAGUGCCAUGAUCAGGAAGAGAUCCACCUCAGACAUCUGGCACUGAGACAACCGAUCCCCAGCAUGACACUAAACUGAUGACACCCACAGAGACUAGUUACAGCACGUAGGGAGGGAAGAGACGAGGGAUUGAAAGAACCCACCACUACUGGACUCAACAGGACUGAAGGGUGAGAGAAGGAGAUUAGUGCUGGACUUUCUUUUAAAUGGGACAUUGCCUUAGUAAGUCUACAGUACAGUUCAUGACUGAAAUGAACAUUUAGCCUACAAACUGGGACAGUUAAUGACUAGCUGCCUUGGAAGACCUGGGAACAAGGCAUUGGGUUGAUGGUGUGGUACUGUAAGCUGUUUCCAGCAUUCACCUCCGUUGCCUUGUGACUUGCUUUCACUGUUGGAAAGCUUCAAUGCUAAACUGCUAAUAUCCAUUGCCAUUCCAAGGCACUUGUUUUCUAGUGGCCUUGCUACUCUAAACUGCCAGUUAUGCUUUUGAAGAAAGGAGCACAUGGUCUUGUGUGCCUUUAUAACUAGGUAAGGAUAUGACCAAAUAUAUCCCCAAACCACAAAAAAUUCUCUCAAUGCAAUGCUGGGUAUGGGCUGGAAUGGUUGAAACUGGUUACAGUCAUAGCAAUGACGUUUUUUUUAUUUUUUAUAGUUAAAAAAAAAAUGUAUUUCAAUUAGGUUUUUGUUGUUAGCUUAUGGAUCAUUAGCCUGUACUUUUUUUUUUUUUUUUAAGGGGCGAGGAACUUUGUUUGAGCUGACCCUGCAAUGUGAGCUCCGUGUUGGUCUUGGGAGAGGUGUUACAAAGUGUGUGUGGAGGAUUCAUGGGGCAUAAAGGGUUCAUUUGAGCCGACCAUAGAAGAACAUCUGCUGAGUUGUCGUAGGUACACGGUAGGCUGUGUUUAUAGGCAGAACUGUAAUUAAGGCUAUAAGACAUGAUAACCCAGGGUUUAUCGUGUGAAUAACUCGCGACUAAGACCCAACAUGGAGAAUCAGGGAAACUGCCAUUAGGAGGAUGUUAUUCACGAUAAUUCCUGGGGCCUGAUUGCUUUUAUAAAACUGUUACCAAUUUUUUUUUUUUUUAUCUUUUUUAAAGAUGUGUUUUCAUUCAAUGUUAUUUUAAUGUGUAAAUGUGUUUUAUUUCAUCCUUCCACCAUGACGAUCUAGCCUGAGCAAAAGCCAGUUGUUAGUUCUGAAAUAAUGAAGUAGCUAGCCAAAUGAGCUGGUCAUCCAAAAAAGGUUGCCAUGCAGGCUAGCUACUUUUCCUUUGCUAGUUAGCUAACUAAAGCUGACACUAUCACAUCAAGCAGCUGAAAUGAUGGCAAACUAUGUGCAUUUUAGUUUGUUUUACCUUUGUUUCUAUUGCCAUUUCUUUUGACAUAUCCAUUGUUAUGACCCUUUAUAAAUAAAUUUUCCUGACUAAGAA